AUGACUCGCCGGCUGCUGGGGAUUAGAGGUCGCGGCAAGAUUGGGUGUAAGGAUUUUAUUGCUGCAGUGCGCACGUCGGCCUCAGCAGCGCUCCAUGAACGGGCCAAGCUACCGUGUGACGUCACCAGUCAACUGACCAAUGACAGGCCGGUACUCAUCUUGUGGUACAGGGAUAACGCUGGAACACCCAUUUACAGUUUUGACGCCCGCAAGACCGAAGUGGACGACGGCACCCACUGGUCCGACAAUCGCCUCCUCAACCAGCGCGCUUACUUCCAGUUCCUACCACCAACUCCCUGGCGAAACCAGCACCACUCCAGAGUUGUUUCUUCCUCCCAGUCAUACUCCCCUGGAAGUGUAUCUUAUUCCCCGUCAAGUUCCCCAUAUUCCCCAAGUGGUGUCCAAAACUCCGGUAACUUAGGAACCAAUAAAGGCUUGGAUGAUUCAUUCAUGCCGGUCUCGUCGUUCGCGGCGUUCGCCUCUCACGCGGGCCCCGAUGUGAACCCCAUGGGGGCCCAGCUCGAGCUGUACCCUGUUGAGGACCGAGACCAGGCCGUGUAUCGCUGCCGGGUUGACUUCCUCCUCUCACCCACCAAGAACACCAUCAUCAACUUCACUGUCAUCAUUCCCCCCCACCCUCCUGAGGUGUACAACGAGACGGACCAGCUGGUGGGGGGCGGCCGGGGGGCGGGGGCAGCCAUCAUCGGGCCCUACAAUGAAGGCCAAGCGCUGCAGCUCUACUGCCAUGUCGCGGGGGGUCGGCCCCUGCCGACGGUGCGCUGGCUUAUCGACGACGUGGAGGUUGAGGGGAAGAUCACACACCUGCCUGGGGACGUGGUGAAGAGCUCACUCCUGCUCCCCAACCUGACCAGGGAUCACCUGCACUCGGUGCUGGAGUGCCAGGCCUCCAACUCCGACAACUCCUUACCGCUCUCCACGGCCGUCACGCUCGACAUGAACUUCGAGCCUGUUAACGUGAGCAUCGUGAGCGGUGAGUCAUCACUGAGCAGCGGGGGAGCGUACGAGCUCGUGUGUCAAGCCUGGGGCGCGCGGCCUGCCGCCGUCAUCUCCUGGUGGAAGGGCGGCACCAAACAGCUCACCGACGCUAAACUUUCCAUCACCCCUGACAACAACGUGACGACGUCCAUCCUGCAGUACGUGGCCGCCAUGUCUGACAACCAGAAGUACCUCACAUGUCGGGCUGAGAACUCCCUCAUACCCGGCAGCGCUAAAGAGGAGGGACUCAAACUCAACAUUCUUUACAAGCCCGUGGUGACCCUGCAGAUGGGCAGUAAACUCGACCCCGACAACAUCAAGGAAGGCGACGACGUUUACUUCGAGUGUCACAUCAACGCGAACCCAGAGGUGCACCGCGUCAUGUGGUACAGCAACGGAAGUCCCAUCACACACGAGGUUGGGCGCGGGAUCAUCGAGCAGAACCAGACGCUCGUGCUGCAGAAAGUCAGUAAAGACGACGCGGGACUCUACACAUGCAGGGCUGCCAACAGCGAGGGCGCGGGGGAGAGCCAGCCUGUCCGACUCAAUGUGCUGUACGGUCCGUACUGCAAGCGGCAGAGCAAGCUUGUGUACGGCACCGCCCUGCACGAGCCCGCUAGUGUCACGUGCGAGCUCGAGGCGAACCCUGGACCUGUGGUCUUCAGGUGGACAUUUAACAACACGUCCGAACAUCUGCCCAUCCCGGCCUCUGCUGUCAUCUCCAAGGACUUCACGUCUGUAGCGAGCUACGCGCCCAAGAGUCACCUGGACUACGGCACGCUGCUGUGCUGGGCAUACAACUCCAUAGGCGCUCAGACUACGCCGUGCGCCUUCUCCAUCAUCCCUGCAGGUCCCCCCGACCAACCAACCAACUGCUCCAUCGCCAACCAAACCACCGACACCAUCGACGUGGUCUGCGGCAUGGGCUUCGAUGGCGGUCUACCGCAGCUCUUCCACAUGGAGGUGUACGAGAGCCAAAGCGGGCGGCUGUACAGGAACUUGUCUUCAAAGGUGCCCGUGUUCCGCAUGACUGCAAUGAAGCCAGGGCUGCCCUUCACCAUGCACACCUACGCGGCCAACAGUAAAGGCCGCAGUGCCGUGGCGCAGCUCGAGACCUUUACGCUCAAGGUGGCUGAGAAGAGAACAGGGCCUCCUUCGUUCAUCGAGAUGACGCCAGUAUUGGGCAUCCUCGUGGGCAUCCUCCUAGCCAUCAUCCUGACGGUGAUCAUCAUCAUGUUGGUCCUGAAGGUCCGGCGCCCGGGAGAUCCCAACCGUGCCCUCAACAUCGCCCUGCCCAUGGAGCCCGAAAAAGACAUCAACAACCGGCCGGUGAACCACCCGGCUCUGUUACCCGUUACAAGUAAAGACCACAUCGAUGGAAUCAACCGAAACGGCGGUGGAAACGCUUCUGGUGGUGGAGGUGGAAGUGGUGCAGUGCCUGGAAGUGGUGGAAGUGAAGGAAGAGGAGGCAGCAGAAGUGGAAGCAGAGGAGCCGCGUGCAAUGAAACUGGAAUUGAUGGAUCCAUGCCGCCGGCUGACAUGGAAGGCUUGGAUGACUUCAAAGAUCCCGAUGUGAUUCCUCAUAAUUCUGACCUUCUGCCAUACUCCAACUACUCGUCCCUGGACCGGGUCAGAGGGGGGGAGAAGUUCACCCCCAGCAGCGGGGGUAGCGAGGUCCCCCCCUCCUCGGUGCUGGAUUCCUACCCUGGGGCGCGGAGUCUUCAUAGGCAGCCAUGUAACACGGAAACACUGCAGCCACCAGGCGCACUAGAGACCCAACUACCUUCAUCUACUCAAUCCUACCAGGACUGGCCGGGACCACAAGGUUUUGAUCUACCAAGGAAAACCGGUGACUCACCCAACACCACAUUCAAGAUCAACCAGCAAUCGACACCGGGCCAAUACGAUUCCUUACCGAAACCUGCUCCGCAACGACAUGUUCCGCAAUGGUCGACAAUGUUUAGAGGAUCUCUUGAGAAAUUGACGCCGUCUCAGGAAACUCUGGAAUCGGCUGAAUUGAAUCCAAGUGUUCACCAUGCACAGUUUGCGGAAGCUGGAAUUUCCGACAAAAUGAUGUUCAUCAAACAGCAACAACUCCUCCUACAGGAGAAGCAGGAGCAACUCAAGCUUUUGAAGAAGCAGCGCCGAAGAUCCCUUUUGGGCUCACCGAACCCCUUCGUCGGACCCUCACCGAACAACCCUUCUUACUUGAAUGUUUCCCGCGAUGUUGUAAGUCCAGAUCACCAAAUUGUGGGCUCUGUUCCCGAAAAACGGGAUCUUCUGAUAGGCCUUGACGUACUGCGAUCAAACGGCGCUGAAUAUUCCGCAAGUUUUGGGGAUGCAAAGCCUGGUUGCUUCGACCACCUCCUUUCAACGGACUUUAGGAGCUCUGAAAGUGACAACCUGAUUGACAAGGACCGUGACCCUGAGCUGAAUUACGUUCUGGACAGUUCCAAAGACCGCGGAGAAACUGCCAAUAAAAAUCUUUAUGUUUACUCGGCACGCGAAGACCGAAAAAACAUUUAUUCUGCCAUUCCUGAGAGUGAUAGUGACCAGAGGACUUGCACGGUAAUUCCCUUGUCAGUUCGUCAGAACGAGAGCGUCGUGUGAAAAACGAGUGGUGAGAAUCAAUGAACGGUAAAUUGUGGCCCCGAAAUGACAAAACGAAAAAAAUAUAUUCCUUUUGAAAACAUUUAACAGAAAUAGAUAUUCUUUCAACCAGAGAUCGUUUAAAAUGUAUCAGUUUAUAUUACAUGUUUUUGUUUUAUGGUUAAACACUGAAAAAAGUUACGUUACAUCCUAAUAUUUGUUCAAAAGCGAAUAUCAUAUUCAAGAGCUUGUUAAGAUCCCUCGAAACAGGCGAUGUUUUUGCAGUCUUUGGCCGAUCAAUCUGCAAUUCAGCGUGGUCGAGUUUGUGGACAUCCUCCUAUUCAUUUUUUUAUUCAGGUUUUAACGAGUUCAAGUUUUACAAAACGGAAAGAUGAUUUACUAAUAUAUGAUUAAUAUGAAUAAAUAUCAACGAUUAUAGCCGUGAAUUAUUGUGUGUAUUGUAAGUGUUGGAUGCAAUAAAAAAUAUUUUUCUUUUCAUUAUGUGCCUAAAUCGCUCAUUUAUUGCGCAUUUACAAAGACGAUGGGAAAAAUUUCUUCUAAGAUCUUGCCAUUGUUUGAAUAGGUCACUAAUUAAAUAUAAAAUAAUUGUUUACAAAUACAAGUUCAGAUGCGAAAUUUGGCUUCUGGAGAAUUUGUAGCUGAAACGACAGUAAAAAUUUUCUAUUGAAAUCUUUCGAGAGUUUUUAAUUUAAAAAAAUAAAUCUUUAUCUUAAUUCCGCUGUUACAUAUCCCGCCCCAAAAAACAGGUUCGUCGAAGACCCAUACUGCAUUUCUGAACUGUACAAUCAAAACAUAUCUCUAAUAUCUUGCAUCUAUAAAUUAAUGUCUAGUUAUCUUACUCCUCUGUACAGGAAAUAGAUUUUUUCAUCGAAUGAUUAUAAUUAUAUAUGUAUU